AAGAUGGCAGACGAAGUGUGUGAAAUACUGAAGAAUGAACCAUGAUCGACAACUUAACAGAAAAUAUGUACGGUAUCAAGUUACUCGUCAGCAAAGAUUUUAAACAGAACAAUGUAUGGGGGUCUUUUAACAAGACGGAGGCAGUCGAAACGAGUGCUGUCAACGUGUCAAGAGUGAACCAGACAAUAUAUUCACUCAGCGACGAUGAGUACAUAUUCGACAGAACGGAUGUUAGAGCCAUAUUCAUUACCCUCUAUACGAUCGUGUUCUGUUGCUGUUUUUUUGGUAACUUGCUCGUUAUCCUCGUGGUUACUUUAUCGAGGCGGCUGCGCUCCAUAACCAACUUCUUUUUGGCGAACCUCGCCGUGGCAGAUUUAUGUGUCGGCGUGUUUUGUGUCUUCCAAAAUUUGACUAUAUAUCUUAUACCGAGUUGGGUGUUCGGUGACUUCUUGUGUAAGAUGUACCAGUUUGUACAUUCCUUGAGCUACACGGCGUCUAUAUUCAUCUUAGUGGUGAUAUGCACAGAGAGAUACUUCGCUAUAAUACACCCCAUCACUUGCAAGCAAAUCCUCACUUCGACGCGACUUAGGUUGGUGAUUCUUGGCGUCUGGAUUACAAGUGCAGCGUACAGCGCUCCUAAGUUCAUUUGGGUGGAGACCAUAACGAAUGACCUGGGCGACGGGCACAUGGAAACAAUAUGUAUUCCACACCGAAGGAAAUACAACUCUGAAUUAUUCGACAUGGUGAACUUUGGCCUUCUCUACGUGACUCCGUUGUGCGUCAUGACGGUCUUAUACACUCGCAUCGCUGUGGGGCUGUGGCAGAGCUCCCACGCGCUGCAACAUUUGGAGCGAGUGCAGUGCUGCGCCACACAGUUCCCACGACCAGAAAAAUCUAAUAAUACUGCUUAUGAUGCACAACGAACCCUCAUUGGCACCAAUGAUGAUAAGAGAAUGUGUUCCAUACAAUUUUUGAUGCCAUUCUAUGGAAUUCUUACUAGAAGCUACGAGUUUUUACGCACAGAAAGUGGCUACGAUGAGCAGCAGCACCCAGUCGGGGAAGACAACGACAGCGAAAGCGACCCGCGGACACGAAACGCGCAACUGUCACCACCUCAGCCACUUGUCGCGUAACGUGUUGCGUGCGCGCCGCGGGUCGUGCGCAUGCUCAUAGUGGUCGUGCUUACCUUCGCUAUAUGCAAUCUUCCCUUCCACGCUCGAAAGAUGUGGCAGUACUGGUCCAGUGGAUACGAGGGCUCCAGCGACUUCAGCACUCUCCUCACGCCGCUCACGUUCCUCAUCACCUACUUCAACUCCGGCAUAAAUCCACUCUUAUACGCUUUCCUGUCCAAAAAUUUUAGGAAAGGUAUGAAAGAGCUCAUAUUCUGUAAUUGUCAUGGAAAAAGGAAGAGCGAAAACUUAAUACUAUUAAAUCCCGUGGGAGGCGUCGGCCUGCGCAGGAGUUCGACUCGCUCCACUCGCGCCAACUGCAGCACGGUCACCAUAGCGCCGAAUGGGGAAUCAUGAGACAUGCGUCGGCGGCGCUUCCUGUACAAGGUGGAAAAUAUAGAUAUUUCCUGAUUAACAGAGAGCACCGACGAAGUGACUGACAGCAGCGGCUUCUACACUGUCUCUACUGUCUCUAGGCGGGAUCUCUACGACUAGACACUAGAGAUGUGCACCAGCAGGCGCUGACGUCACUUGUUCCAUAUAAAACUUUUAAAGACUUCUUACAAACUUCUCUGAUUAGCUACGACGCUAACUGUGAGUAAGUGUGAGUGAUUGUGAACUUAGUGAUCUCGCGAGCUUAAACCUAGAGUACGUAUGUUAUUAGAUGGAUUAACUAGUGCUAGUGAAGGAGUUAAGACCAAACGUUACAUAUCUUUCGGUUAUCUUUAGUUUAUCCAUUUGAUGAAAAAAGCUUAAUUUGUUGUUAGAUAGGCAGUUUAAAACUAAAUAGUUGAAAAAGUGUUUCAUAUAAAAAUAUUGUAAAAAUGUAAAUAUCGUAUUAAAUUGUUCGAAUUGAAGUAAAUGUAUCUAAAUGUAUCGGUGGCUGGUGUAAAUAUAGAUAUGAUGUAAGUAUAUUACGAACCAAGAUGUUGUGAAUUGAUGAAUUUCCAAUCACCCAAUUCGGUUUACAAGAUUUAAGAUGGAGCCUCAGUCAUGAUAACUCGGCUCUGGAAUUGAAGUACAAUAUUUAUAUUCAAUACCGUAAUACCGCUUACCCAGUUAUAGCUGCAUUAGGGGCAGACAGUGACGUCACAACGAUAGAAGUUCUAGGAGAGUGAUAGCAGACAAUAUUAUAUUUACAAUUUCAAAUGUACGACUUAAGUAAGAAUUGUAAAAAUAAUUUCUAAACUGCUGAAUCCAAUAUCACACGAGGUAUA